GGGACGCAUCUGUUUAGUGACACUGUGCAGUCACAUGUAGGUUUCGAGCUGCAUUUCUGUGUCUGAAGCCACCUGUGACGGCGCUUACACAGCUGUCUUCAUUGGGCAGAGUCUGCCAUAUGAGUGGUGUAUUCGUUGAACCGUGGAGAAAACAGGUAAAGGUUACUAGGAUUUUGUCGGCGCUUUGUGGGUGGCUCAUUGGGAAAUCGGUGUAUGUAUACAUAAAUAUCUUCACCUAGCAACUACAUACAACACGCGAAGAACUGGGUGGGUAAUACAACUCACUGGUACAUGCUGUAGCAUCGUGGGGUAUAGUGCAAUGUAUUGACAGAUUAAAUAAAUUAGGGUGCCGAGAAUGGGCUGCAUACAACCGUUUAUGGGGAGUGUCUUUUAGUUUGGUACGCUGGAACAUAUUAGGGAAAAUUCCCAUCAGGUUUUAUUGUUUUGUUGCUGUUUUUGCAUAUAUGUAUGCUAUAUGGUAUCUUCUUUGUUUUGAAGCGAAAACCGCAAAAAGCACCAGCACACAUAUAGGUUUUAACGCCCGAUGUUUCGUGCUGUUCUUGAGAAGUACCUUCCUAUACUCCAUCAUAUUUGUCUGAUCUGAAGAUACGUUAUUUUCACGCGUCUGGGAAACCGGAACUGAUUGAAUUAUUUGUGGUAUUGGUUGCUGGUCCAGGAUUAGGGUUGAGUACCCCCGCGUUAAAUGAAUCGAAUAAGCCGAAUUGGAUCUUAACGAAUCUGGCUGGCGAAUUGCGUUGGUUUUUUUCCGUUAUGGCCUGUGCUUUCUUGUGUUCCACUUGCAUUAUAAACUGGCGUUGAGCCUAUUUUCAGGCUUAAUCUCCUUCUCACAUCACAGCAACGCAAAUACAUCCCAUAUGAUCCUGUUGUUCCCUGCCACAGUUGUGUCUCCACUAAAGCUUGUUGAAGAAUCAGACAAGCAUUAGAUUGCACACUGCUGUUGCUAUGAAUUAUAAAGAAGGCAGUAUUUUCUUGGUGUAGUGACUGAAGAAGGAAGGCUUCACUGUAGGUGAGGUUACUGAUUACUUUGGUCAGUCCCAUUAUUCCACUCACCCCAUGUGUAUCUAAGCCUGUCGUCUCCUGUCACUGGUUGCUCAUGUCAGGAUAACAAGACUACUAUAAGCUGCUUGGAUAUUUUUACACUUUUCCUUUUACAGUAGUUGGCCAUUUUUCACUCCUUAGUCACAUGUUUAGGAAGACUUUAUGAUAUUACCUGGGCUGUGUGGCUGUCAACAGCCUUUGUUCAGAAGACCUGGGUCAGUAACAAAACCUUCAAUCCAAUUCACUCCUCAUUUCACUUCAGUGGGUUUCUCCUAUGUCUGGAAAUCACCAAAGCGGCUCAUUUCUGCCAAGGAGGAUGUGGAUUUGUGGAUGUGGAAUCAAAAAACCAUUUGCUGCCCUUAGAUACAGCAUAGGGGCAAUCAAUACAGAUUAACAGAUGAAUGGGAAGCUAAGUACAAAAAAGGAUUGAAUACCUUUUCCAUUCUCAUCCAUUACUGUGGAGACCUACUCCAAAGUGCUAUGUCACAUGAUGUCAGUCAUUUUAAAUCUGGAUCAGUAGCUUAAAUGAGGCAUGAUUGAAAGCAGAUUGAUUGGAUCUUAGCAGAAGUCCCAUGGGCUAAUUUGACUUCCAGCACUCCUCCCCCACCCUUUGCCCUUUAAGGCUUUGAUGGAGGGAGCAGGAAGACUACCUGGCAUGAUCCAUCCCACUGGGCAUAGCUUGGCUAUCAAAUAGAGAGGCAGCUGCUCUACCCUCCAGGUUUCCCAGCGUGGCAACAUGAAAAUUAGCGAAACUCCAGGGUCAUGUCUAGGAGAAAAGAGGAAGGCUGCAGAUCUUUCCUUGGAUUUUGAGAAAACACACUGAUGCAUCUCUCAAAUGCACUUGGAGAGACCUAGCUUUGGCCCGUGAGCUUCUCUUCUUUCGUUGGCAUUUGGUUGAGGGAAGCUCUUGCUACUCACACAUUGCCAUAAUGGGGUUAUUAAAUGGUGUAUGAAUCAGCUUAUUAACACUCAAUUAAACAUCCCUAACAACAUUGGAACAAGUACGUGGUAGUAGGAUAGGCUGGAUAAUUCCACUCCUUUUCUGAUUAGUGUUCUGUGUGAUGACAGAAUUGUCUUUAAUUUAUUCCAUAGCUUUCCAGCAGCCUUCUGAAAAUCUUUGGCGCUGUGUCAGACAGUGGUCUGUUUUCGUAUGGCAUUCAUCUUGAUUUUUUUAGAUAUUUCUCACCUAUGAUUCACUGAACUCUAGGGGGAAAGCUCCAGGAACAAAUCCAAUAGUUCCUUCACGAUUCCCACUUUUAUAUAACAUCCCUUGUGUACCCAUUUUAAUAAAUAUUCAGUUUACUUUAGUUUAUGUAGCCCCCUUCAAGAUGGUACGUUGGUGCAAUGCCUUGCACUGUUGCCGCACAGCUCUGGAGAGCAGGGUCCCCACCCCGAGUUUGCAUGUUCUCCCUGUGUUGUCUUGGGGUUUCCUCUGGGUUCCCCGGUUUCCCCCCACAGUCCUAAAUCAUGCUAAGGUGAAUAGGAGUUACCAAAUCGCCCACAGGUAUGAAUGGAGUGUGUGCCCUGCGAUGGGCUGGCACCCCAUUACGGGAUAUUUUCUGCCUUGCACCUGUAGCUUCCAGGAUAGACUCUGGACUCUUGAAAACCUCCAAAGGACAAGCGAGUAUGGCCAAUGGAUGGAUAAUGCCUUUCACAACACUGUUGCCCCAAGACACUUGACAAGAGUGUGUGGCAAUACAUUUGUACAAAACAUUAUGUCCUUAGGUUCUGAUUCCUCUUCUUGUCUUAUAAGUUUUGACUGUUUCAGGUUGGUAGAGUUGGCCUUCUCUCCCAUGGAAGGCUAUAUGAUUUCAAUGCGCCCAAAUCGUGGGUCGCUGUCUCCUCAGCCACCGGAGCACCACUACCGACGGUCAACUGGAACAGUCAACACAAGAGACACCUAUGCAAACUCCACACUCAGCAGUAGCAGCAAUUCCUGCAAGGGCAGUGAUGCCAGCCCUACAUCUGGCCCAUACCCAAGCACACCCAGGCGUCACGUGAAGUACAACUCAUCCUGUAGUGACAACCACGGCAUCCACCCACCCGCCCCAGAGCAGUACCUCACUCCCCUGCAGCAAAAGGAAGUCUGCAUCCGACACCUGCGGGCGCGGCUCCGGGAGAACGUGGAAAAGCUCCAGGACAGAGAUGCCGAAGUGGAGGAGCUCCGGGUACAGUUGUGGCGGAUGCAGGAGGACUGGGUGGAGGAGGAGUGCCACCGCGUGGAGGUGCAGCUGGCGCUGAAGGAGGCGCGCAGGGAGAUCCAACAGCUGCAGCGGGUUGUGGAGGCGGUGCGCUCCCAGCUGGGCGUGCCGGCGGGUGCAGACGAGGGUGUGGCCAUGGGGGAGGGCACGGGAACAGCCGUGCAUCGCGGCUUCCGAGACAUCAGCGCCCAGAACCGCAAGCUGGAGUCACUGCUGCUCGGCAUGGAGCUGAGCCAAGAGGCACGUUCCCACGGCAGCUCACCGGCCCGCUCACUCACCCGCAGCUCCACCUACACCAAGCUGAGCUGCGAGGCACUGCCAGACCGAGAUGGCCUGUCGGGCGAGGAGACCCUGGAUAGCGGCUUCGUGGGCGAGGGCAGCCGGGCGGACUUGGAAACCCUCCUGGCUGAGGCAGACCCCGAAUCGCCUCUGCAGCCGCUGCCUCCGAUCCCGCUGUGUGAGCAGGCCGUGCAGACGGAUACCAUGCUGCAGACCCCCAGCCCCGUCAGCGAGGGUGACCACAUGGCUGACAUCGCCGGCUCGCCGGCACCCGCCGCCAUCUCCUGCACCAUGCAGCUUCCAUCCCCUGAGAGCGCCAUCAAGCUGCAGCUGGAAACACAGCAGCGCGAAAGUGAGCCACGUCCGCAGGAGGUCACGACUGUGAAGGUAGUGGAGGAUGAAGAGGAGGAGGAUGAGGAGGAAGCCAUGGGGGCGGCAAGACGUCCCCCGAAUAGCUACUGGGGCCGGCACUUCUUGGUGGACCUGUUGGCGGUGGGCAUUCCCAUAGUGCCAGCUGUGGCUUGGCUGUGCCGCGGCCCCCGCAGAGUGGGACAUCCCGUCUGCAACAUUGGCUCGCUGCUGCGGGGCUGCUGCGCCCUGGCCAUGCACUCACUGCGCCGGGUGGGGGGGGCUGGGGGCGGAGCUCGGGGCAGGGUAACACAGAUUUAAAGGGAAAGCAGCCCCCGUACAGUUUUCUGUGCAAAUUUGUGCCUCAUAAGAGUAAGACAUUAAAUGAAAGAAUCUGUUUGGUAUAUGUUUGGUAUAACCUAUAUGUGAGGUAUAUUUUUAGGGUUUAUUUGAGUUUAUCUGAAGCUGCCCCAUGAACUCUUGACCCAUUAAACAUUAAAUGUUUUCUCAUCUCACCAUGACUGGUAGUUUUUAACCAUCCCUCAUUUCCAGUUGAACAGUAAUUAUGUAAUUAGCACACUGGUAACCCAUGUCCCUAGACUCUGAAUAGUCUAUCCUGUAGACAAAAGGCACAGUGCAGUCUGCAGCUGCAUUUGCAUAAUUGGGUGGGAUGAUAACGGACUCAUUGCAUCUCUGUCGCCCAGCAGCGCAUCACUGCAUGGUUCAACAACACCUUUUAGCACAAGCGCCACGGCGUGUCACGAAUUGCCAUUUGUGGUGUUUAAGGGCAUUGUCUAAUAAAAGAAAGUGUUGCUUUUCAGUGCC